GAUGAAGAAGUCACUUUUUCGGUCUUGGAGGAAACUCUCGGGAAUGGAGAUGGCUUCUAACGUUUUUCUCUUCCCGGGACAAGGUAGCCAGUACGUGGGGAUGACUCAGAAGUUGUCAGGACCCUCUGCCGCCGAGAGCCAAGUCUUCAGAACGGCCAAAUGUACGCUGGACUACGACCUUCUCGCUCUGUGCGUGUCGGGACCGAAGAGCCGCCUGGACCAGACGGUGUUCUGUCAGCCAGCCGUCAUGGCUGCCUCUCUGGCGGCUGCAGAGACCGUCACUAGAGGAGCGCCCGUGUCGGAGAGCUGUGUGGCAACUGCAGGAUUUAGCGUGGGGGAAAUCACUGCUCUGAUGUUUGCAGAGGCCCUCAGCAUUGAAGCAGGACUCAGACUCAUCCACGCCAGGGCAACCGCAAUGCAGGAGGCUUGUGAGCAGCGAGAAGGAACGAUGCUCACUGUUCUCGGACUGCAAGAGGUUGUACUGCAGCAAAUGUGUAACGAUGCUCGAACCACGACCGGUGGAGAGGUGUGCAUUGCUAACUACAUCUUCCCAAAGGGGUAUGUGAUAUCAGGAGACGCGAGAACUGUUGAGGCGGUGGGCAUGCGGGCACGGGAGAGUGGAGCAACGUCAAAAGAAGUCUCUGUCUCUGGAGCGUUUCAUUCGCCGCUCAUGCAACCAGCCGUGGAAAAGAUCCGUUCAGUGCUAGACACCCUACAUAUCAAUUUUCCCCCGGAUCCCAGUCUAUUCAAAUGUCACGGGGAAACCUUACACAAGUGUGGACGAAAUCCAGGAGUGCCUUGCCCAGCAGGUGACCAGACCGGUUUUGUGGGAGUCAACGAUCCACAACAUGGCCUCAGACUACUUCAAAGCUAGGUUCUGUGAAGUCGGGCCUGGGAAACAGCUGAAGGCAAUGCUUCGUAGGAUCAACAGAGAAGCUUACAAACAGUUCCUCAGUAUUGAGGCCUAGUCGACCACGGGAGUUUGCACACCUUUGCCAUUGCUGAUAACUCUUGUGUAAACCAACACUCUACAAAGAACUGGAAUUCAAGGAUCGUUUAACACCCUUGGCUGGUUGCAAGGACUAACAAUAGCUUUGUUUUUUUUCUGUUGCAUUACUCGCUUACUCACUCAUGUUUCUUUUUGUCGGUGUGUUCUUUUCAACUCUUUGUGUAAAAAAAACAUUCAGUGCAAGAGACAAAAGACACCUGUACAGUUUGUAAAUGCUUACAGCACUUAAAAAAAGGAAGAUUUAGAGUGUUUGAAAGCGUGCUAUGAUACAGGUGGAACAAAAAUACAAAUCCUGAACGGGUAUUGUAUGGGGUGAAAAUGUAAAGCUAGACAAGAAAAGGUAAGUAACUGGGUGGUCGUUAGAUGCAGGUUAAGAGGUAAAACUGCGUUGUACACGUAGAGGAGUUCAAAAUAGCUGGAUGCGGGAAUUGCCAAAGUCGACCACAGCGAUUCUCCCAUCAGGCAGCACGCAGACGCUCGUGGGCCUAUCAAACUGCCCGGGUGCAGUUCCAGAUGAGCCAAACUUUGCAAUGAAGUGUCCCAUGGGGUGCAUGAUGACGAUGCGGUUGUUUCUCGUGUCGGUGAUGACAAAAUUUCCCAUGUGGUCAACGGCGACGCCCUGUGGCCGCAUGAACUGUCCAUUUCCAGACCCCUGACUACCGAGAAUACGAGCUGUAGUCCCAUCGGGGUGAAUUACGAGAAUGUGGUGAACAUUGAAGUCAGAAACAAUGAUGUGUCCGUCGUCGUUGAACGCUAUGCCGCGUGGUGAGUCGAAGUGACCACAAAGGUACCCCUUGUACCCAAAUUUGCCGAGGAGAAUGCCGUUGUGGCUGAAGAUGAGAAGUCGGUGAUUUCCCGUGUCCGUGAUAGCGAUUCGGCCGUCCAUGUGGUUGACGGCGACAUCGUAAGGGUAGAUCAUCUGUCCGUCGUUCCCUCCCUUGGAACCAAACAUGAAGAGAAAGGUUCCGUCGAUCUUGAGGACCUGGAUCCUGUGGUUGUCUUUGUCCGCUACAACAACGUGACCCUCUCUAGUAACGGCGACACCGGCUGGUCGGUUGAAUUGUCCAGGACGAUUCCCCUCCGAACCAAACUUGUACUUUAGCUGCCCGUUGCUGUCAAACACUUGAAUACGGUGGUUGCUGCGAUCACCGACGAUGAUGUUCCCCUGUUGGUCGCAGCAGAUCCCCCACGGUCGACAGAACUGCCCGUUUCCCGAUCCCUCGCUGCCCCAGCACUGACUCACCACUCCAAACCUCCCAUACUCCCUCCCUCCGUCCACCAGGAGAGUGAACGGACUCCCCGAAAUGUGCUGGCCACGAAUUGCCACCACCAGCUGGUGCUCCCCCUUCAUGUGCGGACGAAAAUUGAUCGAGUACGAACCGUCUUGGUUGUCACGAAUAUCCAAUGGAAGAAGGCCUCCCCCACUUGAAGCGGCUUUCAGCUGGACGAAGAGACGCUCCCCACCGUGGACACACUGUUCUCCGAGUCUGUCUUUGGUGCAGAGUAUGACGGUGCACAGUCGGUUGACCCUAGGGUGGUAGAGCCCUUCUCCCAUCGCUGUGCAAAGCGGUGGAUAGGGAGCAGUGGUGAGCUUACACAGGCUCCCUAGUGCCUUUCGGGCUUCAGCUGCGUUGGAUUUAAGCAUGAAGCUGUCGUCCUCCGUGGGAUUUCGACUGAGGCCAAAAACGCGAGAGUUUUGCAACUUUUCCGUCAACUUCACGUGCGAGACGAGCAUCUCUCCCCGGUUUUCCUCGCACAGUGCGUUUUCAGCAGCCGAAUUCAGAAGUUUCAGCGACAACAGAGUUUCCUGGAUGUCUUCUCUCUCUGUGGAAAGUGACUCGAGACGAAGUUCGGCGAUCCUGUUUACCUGAGCUACGACUUCCUUCUCUUGCUGAGCGAGGGCUUCAUGGUGUGCUUGGAACACUUUCUCAACUUCAGUAAUGGCUUCGUUUUUCUUUGUCGCUACACUCUCGGCCAUUUUCUCAGACGCUUUGAGAGAGAGGUCGAGCAUGUUGACCUCCACUUGCGAUUUCCCAAGAACUGCUUCGAUGUUGGGCCUAAAGCGACCGUAAGCUUCCUUGAGUGCCGUGCAAUUGUGAUGAGGGUGUUGGUCUAUGACGCAGCUCGUGCAGACUACUUUUACACACGAGUUGCAAAAGAAGGAGAGUUUCUCGUCGGAGUGAGUGCUGCAACUGGCGAGUUGGACGUCAUCGAAGCCUUCCAGGUCGACUGGGGAUCGCGCCGAGGCAGUGUUUGGUGGGCUCGUUCUGCGACUCCCAGCACACGAAUUAGUCGGAGAGUCAACGAUGCGGUGGUCCUUGCAGAGCAGGUCCUGCUGGUGGAUGGCGAUGCAGGCCUCGCAGAGGAAGUCCUGGCACUCGAUGCAGAAGGCCACGUAGUCACUGUGGCACACUGCACACACAUUGGCCUUUGGCUGCAGGGCAGGGAGGCCGGUCAGGUAAGACGGAAUCACAGCGGUUGUUGCUGGCAUGCUUGGCGGCAUGGUCGUCGACUGAGGGAGAGCUGAGCAGACGGGCUGGAGACCGCCAAACGGAUGCAGCGAUUCGAUCUCGCACUUGAAGUGAGGAGGCAAGGGGGGUUGCUCCAGCGGUGACGCCAGGCCUGCUAGCGGUGGCGGCGGCAGUAUGUGCUCCUCUACUUCACUGUCGCGAUCGCGCAGAACGUCGUUGACGACGUUGAGCAUGUUGGUCAUCAUGAACCGCUCGCAAGAGCUGGAGGAAGACGCCUGCAGGUGUUCCGCCUGGAACGGCUGCAGCGGCGGGCCCAGGUGGUGGUGCAACGAAGAUAAGGCGCCAGGGGAGCGCUCCGUGAGCUGGAGACGUGGAGCAGACGCUCCGCGCGACUGCUGAUGGAGAGACUGAGCUACGUUGUGGUGCGGGUAGCAUGAGGGACAUGCAGGGAAGACUGCGGCGUUGUAGGGGACAAAACAACGCGGGCAAUAGCUCAGCGUCGCCGGGCGAGGCCGCACCAUCGAGCCGUUCACCGACGGUGGAGCAAGACCGACGAUCCUCGUUCCGUUGGCCUGGCCCGGCGGACCGAUGGGAGGUGGUAUGCCGCCAGGCCCUUGCUGCCCGCUUUGCGGCUUGACGAAGUCGGUUCUGUAUGUCGUUCCUGCGGGGAACGGGAAGCGAGAGAGCCUCUGCUCGGCUGGAAUAAAGUCCACGUAAGCCAUGACGGAAACCAACAGAGGUAAGAAAGAGGGACAAAUGACCCAGGCAGUUAUAUAGCUCCUUUAGCUACCGAUCAUGGGCCGGGCGGCCUGUGUGGAGAGACAGAAGGUGACGGAUCGCUGUAGAUUGCGGUCGGACUCUCGUUUGUUGACUGUUAUUGCUGUAAAAUCGGCUCGUUUUUUCGUAGUCGGCUCGCUAGGCGAGUCGCGGUCGAUGCGACGGGCAAUACUGUUCUUCCUACUGAAUCCAAACCGCUAACACGACUUUAGAAGUCGGCAGUACGUUUAUAGAAUCGAUCUUCUGACUGUCUUUACCCUCUCGUCAGUGGAGCCGCGUCUUACGUUCACAGGGACAGCAUCGGGGCUCUCCGUAGCCGUCCUAAGAGAGCGGGUAGAAAAACCCGCCGCCUUUUCACACUAGUCUGGAGCAUGUUACGUUUCGACACCUCUCAGUGGUCGAGUGAUUGGCCUCCUAAUGAAGAGUCGUAC